UUCCCUCCAUCUUUACAUUCGCACUUUUUUUCUUCAAUCCCAAAACUUCCAUUUACUCUCUCAAAUUCUCUCUCUAAUGGCACCCAAGGCAGAGAAGAAGCCCGCCGAGAAGAAGCCGGCGGAGGAGAAGAAAUCGGCCGUCGCUGAGAAAGCCCCCGCGGCCGAGAAGAAGCCCAAGGCCGGCAAGAAGCUGCCCAAGGACGCCUCCGCCGCCGGAGACAAGAAGAAGAAGAAGGCGAGGAAGAGCGUGGAGACCUACAAGAUCUACAUCUUCAAGGUCCUCAAGCAGGUCCAUCCCGACAUCGGGAUCUCCAGCAAGGCCAUGGGGAUCAUGAACAGCUUCAUCAACGACAUCUUCGAGAAGCUCGCCCAGGAAUCCUCCAAAUUGGCGAGGUACAACAAGAAGCCCACGAUCACCUCCAGGGAAAUCCAGACCGCCGUCAGAUUGGUGCUUCCCGGCGAACUCGCCAAGCAUGCCGUUUCCGAAGGAACCAAGGCGGUUACCAAAUUCACCAGCUCUUAGGUUUUUUUUUCAUGGCUUAGAUUUUCUAGGGUUUAGUUAAAUUCUUAUUUUGUAUCGACGAUGAAUGAAUUGAUGAAAUUUCCCACA